ACGUGAAACACCAAUGUGCCAUGUGUGCAACCCUGUGUUAGUGGUUUCGAAGAAAAAAACCGUGCAGGUAAGGGAACAGACCACUCGUCUAACCUGGGUCAGUCAGGGUCCUGCUCUUCGUUGGGACACAUUCAUGUUCCUUUCAUCAGUGAGAGAGAACCGGUCCCAAAAAUACGACGAGAGUCCUUUUUCUGUUUUUCACUUUACAACAAUUUUUUUGUUUCUAUCUUUUUUUUUUUUGCAAAAUUUUACUGGAUAUAAGUGUCCCUGAUAAAGGGUUUUUUUUUUUUUUUUUAAAUCGGUGAAAAGUAAUUUUGUCAUCUAUAUUUAAGAGGACAAUGUGUUGUUUCGAGUAAAAGGGAAGAAGGAAAUAAAUAAAGGACACACGUGUGUAAGUGACGAACUUUGUGAGUUUGGUUAUCAAGUUGUUCAAAAGUUCAAGUUUAGUGGUUUACUAUAUAAACACACUGUCUUUGUGGAUUUGUAUCCUGGAAUGAUCCAGAGGAAGAGAUUUUAGAUCGCAAAACGAGUGUUGAACAUAUGCGAAACGUGAUGUGUGAGACAGUGUCGAGAUCGUGGUACAUAAAACCGGAAUUGCACUGCAAUCCAGUAGGUGUUCCAGCGGGAGCUUUAUCGCCUCCAGCGACACUCUCGCCACCCAACAGUCCCAGUGUAUUACCACCAUCACCCUGGAGUCCUGGUGGAAUUGGUAGCAGUAGUUCAAGCAGUACAAUUUCAAAUCCAUCAACACUGAGUCAACCAGCUCAGGAUCGACUCAGCGCCUUUACCAUUGUCUCUGGCUAUAAUCCGGAAAUACAACGAUUUCCCAAUUUACCCGUUUCCUCGCAUGCAGCCUCACGAGAAAUGCGUUGCGGUUUAAUGUAUGGGGGAUAUGCGGCUGCGAGUACUGCAUGGUGGGCCCACCAUGCUGCUGUAGGCCUUCUGUUACCUCAUUCCCUCAUUCCUCCAAGAAUCCCCUCUCAACAGACGAACAUCACCAGUUCACCGGUUCAUCCUGAACCUCCGAGUCCUGCAAGGGCCACAUCGCCCCGUCGAUGUACACCGGAGAAGGCGAAAUUCGAUGAAGAAGUGCCGUUAAAUCUGAGCACGAAACCUAGCGAUGUUUCUUCAACGAAUAGUCGGAAGAGCGAAAUCUGGUCUCCUGGCUCAGUUUGCGAAAGGGAAGCAAGAGAGACGAGGGUACCAUCUGAUCGACAUUCCCCUUCGGCAACAACGCCGGUAAUAACUAGACAAAUUCACCACUCCCCCCUCACACCACCCUCGUCAUCCGAGAGAACCUUUCAGUGCAAGCAGUGCGGAAAGGCUUUCAAGAGAUCUAGUACAUUAAGCACACAUUUAUUAAUUCAUUCGGAUACGAGACCCUACCCUUGCGACUAUUGUGGCAAAAGAUUUCAUCAAAAAUCCGACAUGAAAAAGCACACAUACAUUCACACUGGUGAAAAACCACACAAGUGCGUUGUAUGCGGAAAGGCAUUUUCCCAGAGUAGCAAUUUGAUAACUCAUAUGAGAAAACAUACGGGAUAUAAACCUUUCCAAUGUGGUCUUUGUGACAAGGCUUUCCAAAGAAAAGUUGACCUAAGAAGACAUCGCGAGGGACAACAUCCAGCAGCACCUGCUCUUGAUUAUCGAUCUCUUCAGAGUCAAAAAAAAAACGCUUUCGAAAAAAACAAAUUACCUAGGUCACAGUAAAUGAAUAUUUUUCGACUUACAAAUUCAAUGGCGAGUUCGACGAAAUCCAGCAGAUCUGAAAAAAAAGAAUUUUUUAAAGAAAAUUUUCAAAAAUUAAUUUUAUUAAAAUAAAUAUCAAAAAUAAUUUGUAAAAAAAGAUGAUUUACUUAUAAUAAACGUAAAUGGAUAAAUUUUAAUUAUACAUUCGCAAUUGACCAGGAAAUUAAAAAUAAAAAUCCCAUUUGUUAAAACACUCGUUUAUGAGUCACAAGGCAAUAAUUAUUCUUUCUUUUAAUUUUUUUUUUUUUUUUUUUAAACUUUCUCGAUUUUAAAGUAACAAUUAAUUUAUGCUAAUUAUUAAAGAGUGGCGAGAGCGCACGCGGCGAAUCAAAAUUUAAUUUUUUAAUAUAUAUGAGUGCAAUAAUUUCUGAUGGAUCAUAUUUUUAUAUCAAAAUGCAUUCGAUGAUUGAUCACCUGCAACUCCGUCAUAAUCAAGAUUGCAUCGAUGAUUCAAAAAUGAGAUUUCAUCUUCACGCUACUCGUCAAAUCUUUUAUUCAUUGAUUAUAGAAUCCAAAUAAAUAAAUGGGAGUUAAAUUCAAUUUCUAUAAAAAAAAAUAGCAUUUAAAAAAAAAUGGCAACAUAAACCAAAUAUUUUUUUUCAAUUAGCUGUUAAGGGGGGAACACCAGUUGUAACUCAAAAAAUAAUGCUUUUUUCAAGAAUAUUUUCCAAAAGAACAAUGAAUCUUUUUAAAGAAUACUAUUUAUUAGUUAAAAGUACAUGUAAAAAGCUGUAAUUUAAAAGAAAAAAAAAAUUUUUUUAACAAAAACUUUUGGAGAUAUGAGCCAUUGAAGUGGCGUCUUAAGAAAAAAGGCGAAUUGCGGUGACCAGCAUUCUGCAAGUAUACUUCGUCUGAAAUACAAAAAUGAAAUUGAUUUACAUUUAUUAUAAGAUUAUCUAGUUCGUGAUCGAAGGAUUUAAAAAAAAAAAAAAAUUUGACAAAAUGGCGACCUGUCAAAGUCAAAAGUAUGAUUUUCGUUAAAAAAAUACGGUCGAUUUUCAGCUAUAUAAAAAAAAGUUUUGAUUAAAAAAAAAAAUCCUUCGAUCACGAACUAGACUUAUAUGUGUAAAUGAAGCACACUAAAUUUUAAAUAAAUCGGUUUAAUGGUAUUCGAGUAAUCGUGGUCACCGACUUGGAAAAUGUCAUUUUGAGAAAAACGCAUUAAAAGUUUCAACUUACUUUUUUUUGUUCAGAAGAAAUUUUGUUUCUAAGUUACAAAGAGUCAUCGAUUCCUGGACCAUAUAAUAACUCUUCCGCAGUGGUUGCCGUUUCUAAAUCAUAGGAAAAGGCCAUCUGUCGUUAGGGUCAGGUAUGGCUGGCCACCUUGUAUGAAGCCACGGGACGCGCCGCUGCAGUGUUCUGUAUAUCUCAUUUAUUUUUCACCGGAUCAACUUUGAAAUUUACAGACACAUUUCUAAAUAUGUAUACUUUAAGAAAAUGCACCAAAAAAAAAAUCGAUAUUUCGAAAGUUACAACUGGUGUUCCCCCCUUAAACUAACUAUUUGGUUGAAUCAACAAAAUAUUUAAAAUUUGUUUAAAUUACCCAAACAUUUGGCUGAAUUAAUCAAAUAUUUUGUAGAUGUGAGAAAAAAAUUCAAAAAAAAUUUUAAGAUCUGUUGGAUUCUAAAAGUAGGUAAAGUGAGAAAGAAUAGAAAAAAAAUAUGAAUUGGAGAAAUGAAAAAUGUCCGUAAACAAAAAUGAUCCGUCGGAGAAUCUUAAACCGUCCAAUAUGCAAAUAUAUAUAAAUAUUUAUAUAUAUUUACAAAUAGAUACCAGUUACACGUGCGUGAAAAAAAAUUAAUAAAAAUCACAGUAACUAUUAUUAAUUAUCUAAAUUAUUAAAAUUGUAAAAUUUAUAAAAAUUUUUGGUAAUUAUUCUUUUUUUAUCCGUGUAAAUUCAGAAAAUUUUUCAACAUUUUUUUUUUCCUAAAUAAUUAAAAUACAUUUCAUACAUGUAAAUAAAUAUUGUUUAAACAAUUUUUACAUAAAAAUCGAAGGAAAAAAAAAAAAUUUAUAAUCAACAUUUUUUUUUUUUCAUGCACGUGUCACCAAAUAGAUAUACGAUUAUAAUUAUAGACUAGAGUGCCUUUCGGUGUCAACACACAUAUACCUGAACUAAUGUAUUUAAUACAAUUUGUUAUUAUAUUUAUACUAGACGUAUACAAAAAAAAAAAAUGCAAGAGAGCAAAUUUUACUCUAUUCAAGAUUUUACUUAGAAAAAAAAAAUUAUUUUUAAUAAUUAAAAAAUAAAAGGAAAAAAAAAUUCAAAAUGAUUAAAUUUUUUUAUGACAAUGUUUUUUUUCCAUUAAUAGAUUUUUGUAUUAUUUGUUUUUGAAAAAUCUAAAUUACUGAAUGAGUCACUAAUGAAAAAUAAGUUUGUUUUCUAUAAUAACACAAAUUGCACUUCAUUUGUUUAACAUAAAUUGAAA